AUGGCUCAACGCAGUUCCCGCGCUCCUCUCUACAUUGGUCUUGCCGCCGCCGGUGGUGUAGGUUAUUAUUUGUACAGCGCCGGAGGCAGUCCCAAGGUUGCUGAGAAGCAAUUUGAAAGUGAUCUCUCCCGUGCUUCCGCAAAAGUAAAGUCCGAGAUCCCAGGUCGCACCACACAAGCUCAAAAGGAAGCCGAGAAAUGGGGUUCCGAAGCUGGUGCUAAGCUUGAUUCUGCUACCAACCAAGCCCGCGCCGAACUCGCCAAAGCUGAAGGAAAAUUUGAGCAAUACAAGAACGACGCUGCCCAAACCACCAUGAAGAAGAUUGACGAAGUAGACCGCAAAGUCGAGGCCGAAGCUGCCAAGGCGAAGAGCGGUAUUUCCAGCUGGUUUGGCGGGAAAUAA